UUUGCCAUAAACGCCGAGUAGGAAGAAGAGGAGCAGUAUUACCGAUUAUCUUGAAUGAGAGGACUUUUCUCUGCACUAAAAGUAGCUCUGCUCUGUCUGCUGGUUUUUUAAGGAUACUUAUCUUAAGCGAGAAAGUCGCAAAGUUGUCAACAUACACGGCGGUGAUACGUGGAGCUCGUCAGCGAGAGAGAGGAUGCCAGCAGCAGAGGACUCGUCUGGUGUCAAUAAAGUUGUGGACAACAUCUGUCAGCUUUCUCCAGAUCUGUUGACUGAAGCAUGUCAGCACAUUCUGAUUUAUCUUCAAGGGCAAACUAGAGGAGUUGAUUCAGCUGAAAUUUCUGACAGAUUUCAGAGAGCUGGAGUCAGACUUGACCAUGAAGCUCUGCAGAACAUGAUCAGACUUCUCCUGUUAACAUUCAGGUCCGCUGGGAAGAGCAGCCUCUCUGGGGAUGGCCUCGUGUCGAGGCUGGAAGAAGGCCACCGCAAGUGGCCAAAGGGUUCCCUUCAGGUGAUGCACAGGCUGUGGAGUGAACACGGCGCAUCGGUCCACGCUCAGCAAGAGGUCCAGGCCACGCUCAGCAUCGGCCAGUUAGUGGACAUGCAGUGGAAGCUCGGCAUGGCGGUGAGCUCCGACACCUGCCGAUCGCUCAACUCCCCAUAUGUGUCUCUGCUGCUGAAGGUCGUCGAGCCCUCUGGGCAGAUUCGUCACAGGUCUUUUGAGAUGACCAUUCCACAGUUCCAGAACUUUCACAAGCAGUUCAAGGAGAUGGCAGCUGUCAUGGAGACUGUGUGAAAAUCCACCUCAGUUUACAUGUAACCAACAGAAGAACAGCUUGACACAUGUCUGUCUGUCUGUCUGUCUGUCUCAGAAUGUGGAAACAAAUUACUGCACAUGUCAGCUGUCUGCUUUGCACUUCCAUUUUUCCAGAUUGCGUCAGUGUAAUUAAGCUAUAAAUAUCAAGUUACGACAAGGGAAUUUUGUGUUGAUUUUGGCGGUCCCUGUGGACAAAAGUGGUAGUGUUCCAGAGCACCAGAUUCCUCCUGAUGCAUUAGUGAGAACAAAAGCAAGAAUUGAAGAAACGCAACAAUAUGUUCUGAUUGUUUCACGCCGCUUACGGUCCAAGGCACAAAUACAACACCCCCACACCUCGAACACAAGCCUGUGGGAAGACGUUUCCUGAUUUGGCAACCAAUGCUGCCAGGGGGCGUGUGCACAUGGGAUCACACACAUGCAUUCACACUGCACACAGCUGGGGGGGGGGGGGACAGACACAGGACACAGACACAACCAUGUAACAACCUGUUCUCAUCCACACCGGUGAACUACGGCCGCUGUGUAUAUCUGACAGAGCUAAAGGGGACUGGUGCCUCGGCAUCAGAUGGCGAGCGGCGUGGAAAAACGUUGGUGUUUGAUGACCGGACAUGCGGCACACCCUCCGUGCUCUUAUUGGCCUUUGAACACAGCAAAAGCAGAAGGAAAGAGAAAAUCCAGGCAGACGACAGCGGGUCAUAGCCUAUAGUGAUUUGAGAGGAAUUAUUUUUGUGUCUGAACACAUAUUGUACCCUUUUUAUUAAUUUUGUUACAAACAAACAACCUGCUCUAUAGGUGCUGUUAAACUGCAUCACAUUAUACAGAGAGGUUUUCUUGUUUGUUACUCUUUGUGCCGUCGUCGCUUUGAUGCCUUCCCAACAAUGAUGCAAUAAACUAUGAUUUCAAUGUAAA